AUGAGUCCCGAGCCCCCCGACUCACCCGACUCACCCGAGUCACCCGAGCCGCCACCGCUCAGUGAGCCAGCCCUUCCCUUCCAGCACCCGGCCGUCAUUUAUUAUGGCCCGAGGGUUUGGUGGGCGUUCUGCUUCGACGAGAUGGCGGCUCUGGAGUACACCCAGACCGCGUUCAGGCUUGGAAGGGAAGCUCUCUGGGAGUAUACGCGGAUCCAUCAUCCCGAGUUCCACAGGCGACUAUCAAAAGCUUCACCACUCUUUAUCCGGGCCUCACAGACCGAGUUCGAAUACUCGACCAUAGGGUGGUCACUCGCCCCAGAACUUAAACCCGCCCUUUUAAAGUUCAAGGAUUUACGCAACUUCGUCUCGCAUCCGUGUGAGCAAGGCGAACUCUCUAGUUACGCUGAAGAAGCCGACAAGGGUCUCUAUCUGUUGAAGAUGCUCGGCGAUGAGGCUCGUAUCCAACAAUUUCGGGCCGCCAGAGACGCUUUGCGCACCCAGGCCGAGCAGACGUUCACCGAGAUCCAAGACCGUGGAGCCCUCCUUUACGACCUGCAAGGCGACUACGUUGAGGACGUGUCCUGGGACCGUCGUCACACCGCCGUGUCCUGGCGCUCCGUGACGGGGCGCGCUCGCAGAUCCCUUGAACCAAAAAGCAUACCAAUACACCCGGCAAUUUCACGGGCCGCUGAGGCAUGGCAGAAUUUGAAUUCAAUAGAACGGGAGAAAUAA